AAAAUGGGGAGGGAUCGGUGCCCAGGAGCCCGAGGACAGACAGGACCCCUCUGCUGGGGGAGAAGAGGCUCGGGCUGCGGCCGCCGCUACUGAGAAUCCUCCCCUUCCCGCGUCUCCGGGUCCUCCCACUGCGACGGAGCGUCCCUGGGAGGGCAGCCCGGGCCCGGAGGGGGGAGCCGAGGGCUCUCCAGUGCCAGUCGCCGCCGGGGCGCGCUCCGGUGCCACAGGGUGGCACAGGCUGGCAGCCACGGGCUGGGUGCCCGGGCCCCAAGGGGAGGGGGCGACUGCUCGCGACGGCCAGCGGUGCGCGUUGAGGGCCCGCCCCCUCGCCUGGCAGCCAGCUCCAGCCCCGCCCCCUCGAGCGGCAUCUGCUCACUCGGCUCAAGGCAGCGCGAUUCCCGAGGGCGCACGACCAGGGCGCAGGGACUUGGGGCGGGCGGCCCAUGGAGCCGGGGCUGCUGCGGCCCGCGCCGGUGAGCGAGGUCAUCGUCCUGCAUUACAACUACACCGGCAAGCUCCGCGGUGCGCGCUACCAGCCCGGCGCGGGGCUGCGCGCCGACGCCGCCGUGUGCCUGGUCGUGUGCGCGCUCAUCGUGCUCGAGAACUUGGCGGUGCUCGUCGUGCUCGGACGCCACCCGCGCUUCCAUGCGCCCAUGUACCUGCUCCUGGGCAGCCUCACGCUGUCCGACCUGCUGGCAGGUGCCGCCUAUGCCGCCAACAUCCUGCUGUCGGGGCCACUCACACUGAAGCUGUCCCCCGCCCUCUGGUUCGCGCGUGAAGGCGGCGUCUUUAUGACGCUCGCCGCGUCGGUGCUGAGCCUCCUGGCCAUCGCGCUGGAGCGCCUCCUCACCAUGGCGCGCCGGGGACCCGCGCCCGCCGCCCGUCGGAGGCGCAUGCUGGCGCUGGUGGUCGCCUCCUGGGGCGUGUCGCUGCUCCUGGGGCUGCUGCCCUCGCUGGGCUGGAAUUGUCUGGGCCACCUGGACUCCUGCUCCACGGUCCUGCCGCUCUAUGCCAAGCCCUACGUGCUCUUCUGCGUGCUUGUCUUCGUCGGCAUCCUGGCCACCAUCUGUGCGCUCUACGCGCGCAUCUACUGUCAGGUGCACGCCAACGCGCGGCGCCUGCGGGCGCGCCCGGGGGCUGGCGGGGGCGCCGGGAGCCGGGCGCGCCGCACCCCGCGCUCGCUCGCGCUCUUGCGCACGCUCAGCAUAGUGCUCUUGGCUUUCAUGGCCUGUUGGGGCCCCCUCUUCUCGCUCCUCUUGGCGGACGUGGCGUGCCCGGCGCGCGCCUGCCCCGUGCUCCUGCAGGCCGACCCCUUCCUGGGCCUGGCCAUGGCCAACUCGCUUCUGAACCCCAUCAUCUACACGCUCACCAACCGGGACCUGCGCCACGCGCUCUUGCGCCUCCUCUGCUGUGGUCGCCGCCCCUGCGGUCGAGGCCCGGGCACCUCCCGGCCGUCGGGGAGCGCCGCUGAGGUUUCGGGCGGCCUGCACCGCUGGCUGCCCCCCGGCCUGGGCGGCAGCUCCAGCCGCUCUGAGCGUUCGUCGCCCCAGCGGGACGGGCUGGACACCAGCGGCUCCACCGGCGGCCCCGGCGCGCUCACUACCGCCCAGACCCUGGUGCCUGCACCGGCCGCAGACUGACGCCCUCCGGCCCGCCGCUGCCUUCCUGAGAAAUUAUUUUUGCAGACUUUUUCUCUUUAAAUAAAGGAAUUUGUAGGAAAAGCAGCAGAAGAUGGUGGAGGCAGAAGAGACGCGGGGCAAUGUAUUUUAUUGAUGCUAAACGCCACGGCAGUGAUCACAACAGACAAAAUCGCUGCCCUUCUGAAAGUGACCCUCUGGUGGGGACACAGGCAAUAAUGGAGUGACGAAAUAACGGAGAUAAUUCUAGUGACAAUACAGUGACGCGAUGGCGGUCAGGGGAUGCCUCUCUGAAGAGGGGGUAACAUGUGAUGUGAGCUGAGACGUCAUUGUCCUGGGAAUACUCGAAGGAAGAGCAUUUCAGGGUGAGGGAACAGCAGAUGCAAAGGCCCUGAGGCUGGAAUGUGCCUGUGUGUUCUAUGAAAAGCAAGGAUCCCGAUGUGCCUGGAGCAGCAAUGGAGGGGGGAGAAUGGGAGGAAACAAAGGCAGAGAAAUGAUGGAGCAGGUGGCCCAGGGGUCCACGGGAGGCCUUUGCUUUUGCUCUGAGUGAGAUGGGAGCCAUAGAGGGUUCUAGGCAGAGAAGGGACUUGACCUAGUUCAGAUGUUCACAGAUCUCUGUGAAGGGGGAAGGUGGAAGCUACGAGAACAAGGCGAAGGUGACUGCACUGGCCCAGGGGAGCGAUGACGGGGCCCCAGACCAUGUGGGUUAGGGGUAGAUUUUGGAGGCAGCAACACAAUUACUGAGGAAUUGAGUGUGGAAAUGAUGGAAAGAAAGAAGCCAAUCACAGCUUUCCAGUUUAGGGGACCACCAGACAGGGCACCCUAAAAUUUGACUCUGGGAGACUCAACCAAUUCCUAUCCGAAACAAGACUUCUUUGAGUGUGGUGUCAGAUCCUUCAUACAAAAUAAAAAUAUAAUAAAAUAAAAACAAUGACGGCUUUUGUGCCUGGCUAGUCUCCCCACUGUGGCAGGCCCAGAACACACCUUUUUCCUACCCUUACUGCAACCCUGCAAUGUGGGUUCCUGUACCCCCAUUUGACAGAAGAGGAAACUUCAAGCCUUGUCCCAGUGUCUGAGCCAGGCUCCCAGGUCCCAGGAGGUGCAGGCCUGCUGUCUGGCUCCUCCAGAGGGGUCUGGCAAGGCCCCCUCCCUUGGGGGUCUGCAUUCUGGGCCGGGGGCGAUACCAGGGCCCCUUUUAUGCCCAAAAAAGGCUCCAGGCGCGCUGGCCGCGGCCCCUGGCUGUCCCCAGGCGCAUUCCUGACCCCUGA